AUCGACAACCGUCUGACUCCUUCACUUCGCAUCGCCAGUUUUCGAACACCUACUGUGCGCGUCGCGUACAACUAACCAGACUACUCGCGGGUCGAGCGCGCUGAAAAUGGCCGCUUUGGCGCAGCCGGAAGACGCCGCCUCGGUGCUCGAGCAGUUCACGCACGAUAUUGCCAACAUUCCCGCCGAAAUCUGCCACUUGCUCGAAGAAGUCCAGGCCAAGGAUCUGCAGAUUGCCGCGUUCAAGGACGAAAUCAUCAAGCGCGAUGCUCAACUGCAGAAAUGGGUACGGGUCAACGGCGGCCAUGUGCUGAAUCCAAAGGAAGAGGCAUUCUCCAAGACCAUCAACGACUGCUACGACAAGUGCGAGAUUCUGCAGGCCGAGAAGCUGGGGCUGUCCGAGAAGGCACAGGUUGUCCUGGACCGGCAGAUCAGGCGGCUUGACCUGGGUUUGAAAGGUCUGGCGCAGACUGAACAAUUCCCCGAGGGAUGGGGAGGACCGAGUUUGCUCACUGGGAGCGGUGCCACGACUGCUGUUGGAACACCUGCUGCCGCCCCUGCUUCUAGCUCUGGACCUCUUCAGGCCGUGUCUGGUAACAUCGGAUCCGUCGGCGGAGCUCCCAAUUUUGCCAAUGCUGCUCAGCUUCGCAUGGCGCAAAAUGCUGCUGGUGGCGCGCGAAGUGCUUCUGCCUCUGGCGCCGUCACACCUGUAACUGCUUCGCGAUCCCAACGUGAAGGCAGUCACGACGGAACCAAGCGCCGCCGCCUCAAUGCUUCGCUUGGAACUCUUCCAGUCGCUAGCUCAGGGCUUCGGCAGGGGUCUCUUGGUCCUGGCACGCCCAAAGCCGGCACGCCCAAAGCCGGCACGCCUGUCCCCGCCGGCGCGGCCAACUCUUCUCGUGCAGGCUCCGUCCAGCCAACUCGGCCCUCUGCCAAUAAAAAAGGCACACAACCAGUCGCUGUGCCGGGCAACCGGAAAGCCCCUCCUCCACACAACAAGAAAUCUUCCGGCGGCCGCUCUCGUCCCAGCCAUAACAAAAAGAGCAGUCGCCAUCGCCAACUCGCCCGCGAUCGCGCCACACCUUCCAGUCACGCCUCCAUCGACUCCGACGCUGAAUCAGAGGUCUCCUACGCCUCCAAUGCCGCGUCCAAUGCUCCUACUGGGCUUGACGGCACCGGAGAGGCCGAGGAGGAUGACGGCGACGAUACCAUCUAUUGCAUAUGUCAGAAAGUGUCAUUUGGAGAUAUGGUGGGAUGUGACAACGAUAAUUGCCCAUAUCAGUGGUUUCAUUACAAGUGUGUCGGAGUCACGGAGGAACCAAGUGGGGAGUGGUUAUGCCCUGAGUGUCGAGCUUUGCCAAAGAACAAGGUGAAGAUUGCGAAGGGAUGAGGGAAGGUGAUGAGAAAUGUCUUUGAUUUUGAGCUUCUAUUUGUCAAUGGUGCGUGUGGUAGAACAGCACACACGGUAUGCAAUGCCCAUCUCUUGUAGUCUGCUGCAGCACUUCUUUUUCGGCUAGUGCUGUCCUGAUGCUCACAUGAAGAUGGCUGCUGACGACACAAAGGUGAUGAGAAUGGGAAAGAGAAGGUGUCGCGUUUAUCGUGAUGGAACAAGACAUUAUUGCCUAACCUUCUCUUCUCCGCUCAUGGCAGCGACUGCUAUGGCGGCGCUGUUGGUCAUGUGCUGGACGUGGUUGCUGCGCUCUUAUGGACGCGGCCAUCGUGAGUAGAAACGGGCGCCGCAGGGCAAAUUGGAGGCCGCUUCGAACGGAGAUUGAGCUGGGCUCAUAAGCAGCGAUGGCGGUGCGCGACGACAAAGAUCGUUGAGCUAUCGAAUUUGGUGCAAAUUCGGGUCUCGUAGGGCCCCUCGAUAUGGGAUUGUGUUGGUGCGUGGUACUGCUGGUAGAUUGUCGAGUGGAGAUUAUAGCUCUUUGACAUGAUCAGCAUGGAAAGCAAUUGUCCGUGCAAUUGAGAGAUAGGGCGAACGUCAGCCAAAGCCGUUGUUCUUGUGAGUAGGUGGGCCAUUCGGCAAUCUGUAAAGAUGGCAUAGAACGUGCUGGUCAAUUCUAGAUUCAUUCGGAGAGC